AUGUAUUUGGAUUCACGUGGUUUCCUUUCGAUAUUGAUUGGAGAGACUUCUACAUUUCUGAACAAAUAUCCUCCCUUCUUGCUUUUUACCAAGUCUAAGCUGUAUUUGAUCCUGGAUUUCAUAAAUGAAGGACAUCUAUUCUGUCAUCUAUACAGACAAGGAAUUUUCAGUGAGGAUCAGGCAAGAGUUUAUACUGCUGAGAUAGUAUCUGCUGUUUCACAUCUUCACAAGAACAGGACUAUGCAUCUAGAUCUAAAACCUGAAAAUGUUCUCUUAGGUGCUGAUGGUACUUCUCUUCAGGUUGUGCUAACUGAUUUUGGACUGGCCAAGGAGAUUAAUGAAUCAAGUAGAUCAAAUUCAAUGUGUGGAACAACAGAGUACAUGGCUCCAAAAAUCUUACUCGCUAAAGGCCACAAUAAAAAUGCAGAUUGGUGGAGUGUAGGGAUCCUUUUGUAUGAGAUGCUUAGUGGCCAGCCACCAUUCACCCAUCCAAACAGAAAGAAGCUUCAGGAAAAAAUCAUGAAUGAAAAAAUGAAGCUUCCGCCUCGACUGAGCAGUGAGGUUCAUUCUUUGCUUAAAGGAUUGCUACAUAAGGAUCCAUUGAAAAGGCUUGGAAGUGGGCAUAAGGGAGCUGACGAGAUCGAAUGUCAUAAAUGA